AAAAAUUGCCAUUGCAUCUUGUUCUUACCGCAGUGGCAUGUUGCAUCUGACUGGCCCAUUUAACUUGCAGUUAACUGGGCGUGUGUCAUACAGUGAGGUAGACAACGACCAGUUGGGUCGAAAAGCUUUAGCGGUGCGCGGUAUGAGGUAAAUGUCACGAAAUAAAACGGCAUACUUUCGUGUUGACUCAGCUGGCAUGCCACGCAGAAUUAAGAAUUGGCACCGAGUAAGGUAUUUUCGCUAAAGCCAGUUUCUCUCGUUGAACAUGCGUCGAAACGGGAAACACUACUGAAGGUCUGGAACACCGUUAGGCCGACUUUGGUAAACUAUUUUCAGAACGUUUCAUUUGCUAAGGCUGUGAACUUGCUAAACUCGCCAGUCGCCACGAUGCAGAAUGCGGGGCAAGAUGGAUCCAAAGGCACCGACAAGGCGAACACGGCCCUGUCCGGAGAAGAUGCAACCGACAGCCAAAUAGAGACCCAAAAAACACCAGGAAUAAGCGCAACGGCUGUCCUGUGGACUUUUGGGAAAUGUCUGAGUGCCCUUCUGCCAGUAUACUUAGCUGGGUAUUAUCGAAUAAGCACCAGUUUGGUGGUGUUCGGGCUUAUGGUCUAUUCCGGUUGGAAGCAUACACGCGAAGCUAAAGAGACACGACUGAGGUCUGCUAUCCACUUAUUGAGCAAUGAGCAGGAAUACACAUCAACCAAAGUAUUUAAAAGCAAACGGGACCUUCCUGCAUGGGUCAAUUUCCCAGAUGUUGAAAAGGUGGAGUGGCUGAAUAAGGUGCUACAGCAGGCAUGGCCAUUCAUUGGUCAGUAUCUGGAGAAGCUACUGAUAGACACAAUUGCUCCUGCCAUACGCGGAUCCAACAACCACCUGCAGACGUUCAACUUCACCAAAAUCGACAUGGGAGACAAGUCUAUGAAGGUUGUAGGGGUGAAGGCUCACACAGAAAAUGACAAAGGUCAAGUUCUACUGGAUGUUUACAUCAGCUACGUUGGCAAUGUUGAGAUUAACGUGGAGGUGAAAAGGUAUUUCUGCAAAGCAGGUGUGAAGGGAAUCCAGCUACAUGGAAUGAUGCGAGUCAUUUUGGAGCCUCUGAUCGGAGAUGUGCCUAUCGUGGGUGCCGUUACCAUGUUCUUCAUUCGCAGGCCUAAAUUGGAUAUCAACUGGACCGGGAUGACCAAUCUGCUGGACAUUCCUGGACUGAAUGUGAUGUCAGACUCUAUGAUCAUGGAUAUCAUCGCCUCUUUUCUGGUUCUGCCCAAUCGACUGACUGUCCCUCUAAUUCCUGAUCUGCAUGUUGCCCAGCUCCGCAGUCCUUUGCCUAGGGGAGUUGUGCGUAUCCACCUGUUGGAGGCUGCUGACCUGGCCGCUAAAGAUAACUACAUAAAGGGGGUGAUUGCAGGCAUGUCUGACCCUUAUGCCCUCUUGAGAGUGGGCCCGCAGUCCUUCACGUCCCACCACGUGGACAACACCACGUGUCCCAAGUGGGCCGAGAUGUACGAGGUCAUUGUUCAUGAAGUGCCUGGUCAGGAGUUGGAGGUGGAGGUGUAUGAUAAAGACCCCGACCAGGAUGACUUCCUGGGAAGGACCAAGAUGGAUUUGGGCAUUGUGAAGAAAUCUAAAGUUGUGGAUGAAUGGUUCCCUCUGAAGGACACUAAGACAGGCCGUGUCCACCUCAGACUGGAGUGGCUAACUCUGGUGAGCAACACAGACCAGUUGGACGAGGUUAUCAAGAGGAAUUCUACCGUGAGCAGUAAAACCGCGGACCCUCCCUCGGCGGCCAUCUUGGCUGUGUAUUUGGACAAAGCUGAAGCCCUGCCUAUGAAGAAGGGCAACAAGGAGCCCAGUCCCAUGGUGCAACUGUCUGUGCAGGACCUCACCAGGGAGAGCAGGACCGCCUGGAACACAGUGAACCCAGAGUGGGAAGAUGCAUUCACUUUCUUCAUUCAGGACCCUCACAAACAGGACAUAGACAUACAGGUGAAGGAUAAUGACCGUGUCCAGUCCCUGGGCAGUCUGACCAUCCCCCUGUCCCGCCUUCUGGCCCGUUCGGACCUGAGUCUGGACCAGUGGUUCCAGCUGGACCAUUCUGGGUCAGCUAGCCGCAUCUACAUCAACGCCGUACUCAGAGUCUUGUGGAUAGAUGAGGCGCAUCUUCAGACACCUCUCAGCUCCAGUGACUCCACGGGCACCAAAGCAGCUGCGCGACCCCAGCAGACUACACCGGAUGCCAACUUUGCCAACAAGGGGGUGCUACGGAUCCAUCUGGUGGGGGCUCAGAAUCUGGUCGCCAAGGACAAAGUGAUGGGGAUGAUUAAGGGGAAGAGUGACCCGUAUGUCAAAAUCAGCAUCGGAGGCAAGACUUUCAAGAGUGACGUGAUCAAAGGAAAUCUGAAUCCCAACUGGAAUGAGAUGUAUGAGGUGGUUUUGACCCAACUACCUGGACAGGAGCUCCUCUUAGAGAUGUUCGACAAGGAUAUGGAUCAGGAUGACUUCAUGGGCAGGCUCAAGAUCAAACUGAGUGACCUGAUCAGUGCACAACAUACAGAUGAGUGGUACACACUGAGUGAUGUGAAGUCUGGUCGUGUUCACCUGGUCAUGGAGUGGCUGCCCACGGAGUCCGAAUCAGAUCAUUUGGAACAGGUGCUGCACCAUCAGUCCCUGCAGGCGUUCAAGAACAAGGCCGUCCCUUCUGCCGCGCUGCUUUUCCUGUAUCUGGAGCGCGGUCAUGACCUGCCCCAUAAGAAGAGUGGUAAAGAACCAAAGGCCGCAGCUGAGCUUGUCGUUGGAGGAACGUCCUACAAAACCAAGGUCUGUGAAAGGUCCUCGUCUCCUCAGUGGGAUGAGACCUUUUACUUCCUGGUUCGCGACCCCAAUGAGGAAAUGCUUCAGGUGAAGCUGUCGAGCAACUGGGAGCAGGCUCUGGGCUCACUGGUGCUGCCUGUCAGAGAACUGCUGUCUGAACCGGGGCUGAUCCUGGACCAGUGGCUGAGCCUAGAGGGAUCACCUGCCAGCCAGCUUCUGCUUAGAGCGGAGCUCAAGAUUCUGAGUCCCAAAAUGGCCAUAGGUGAUGUGGACCAUAAAGAACCACCGAAAGCUUCCAAGAGCUUUAUUCCUGAGAAAAAGCCAGAAGUGGACACUGUUCAAGGCUCUGGAGACGCUGAACGCGCUCCCAUCAGUGCCCCAGCCCCCCCUCCUCCAGCUGUGGUGGCGCCUGAAAAGCUGUCUGCCACCGGCGUCAUUUCUGAGGGGGUCGUCAAGGUCAGCGCUGCAGUUGACCUUCGACCUCAAAAAGCGACCCCUGACCCCAGCUUUGGGCGUGAGGGCGUGCUGCGUAUCCACCUGAUGGAGGCCCAGAACCUGGUGGCCAAAGACAAGGUGAUGGGGCUGGGGAAGGGCAACAGUGACCCGUAUGUGAAGAUCCACAUUGGGGGCACGACCUUCAAGAGUCAAGUUAUCAAGAAGAACCUGAACCCUACCUGGAAUGAGAUGUAUGAGUUGAUUCUGGCUCAGAAUUCCUGUAAAGAAAUCCUGUUCGAGCUCUUUGACAAAGACAUUGAUAAAGAUGACUUCCUUGGGAGGCUGACGAUCGGUAUGGAUGACAUUGUCCAGGCCCGGUACACUGACCAGUGGUUCACCCUGAACGAUGUGAAGUCGGGCCGCCUGCAUCUGACCGUCGAAUGGAUGACCACUGCAUCUCAGCCAGGAGGGCUAGACAAGGUGCUGCAGCUGCGCUCUCUCUACUCCUACCAGAACAAGGCCGUGCCCUCGGCAGCCCUGCUCUUUGUGUUCCUGGAGAGGGCCCAUUCCCUGCCUCUGAAGAAGAGUGGCAAAGAACCAAAACCUGCAGCUGAGCUUGUGCUUAAAGGAACAUCCAGGAAAACAAAGGUGCUUGAUCGCUCGACUGCCCCUCAGUGGAAUGAAGGUUUUCACUUCCUGGUUCAUGACCCUACAGAAGACACUCUCAUUAUCAAGCUCUCCAGUGCCUGGGAUCAGGCUCUGGGUUCUCUGGUGCUGCCUGUCAGAGAGCUGCUGUCGAAACCUCAGCUGGUUCUGGAUCAGUGGUUCAAGCUGGAUGGAGCCCUAGCUGACAGCCAGAUUCUGCUCAGGGCGGAACUCAAGAUCCUAGAGUCCAAGGCGACGGCGAGGGCAGUUGUGACGGAGGCACCGGUGAUGACUCCAGAGCCUGCUGUGGUUGAGGAGGAGGAAGAGGAGGAAGAGUUUAGGGGGGCCGCCGAGGCGUCCGCCCCAGCACCUGGCGCUAGGCUGCAUCAGCUGGCCGCUCAGAGUGUGCCUGGAAUUGCUCUCUUACACAGUGAAUCUGAGGAGAGGGAACCUGCUAAUGCCGUUGAAGACCUGUCACCUGUUCAGAACAUUCUUAAGCCAACUCCAGAGGUCGAAGAUAUUGGCAGCUACAAGGAGGACCUAGAGCCAAUUGCAACAACACAAUCUGACACAACAGCCAAUGAGAAGGCACAACUAUCGGAGCCUGAAGAAGAGCUGGAGGAACCGUCUUAUGAGCAGGCCGUUCCGAGCACUCCUCCCCCUGCCCCCUCUGCUGUUCCAGAAAAGGAGAAGGUCGUGUCUGAGGUCCCCAGCCCUCUUGUCCUCCUCCCCCAACACACCUCCACCCCCACUGGCUUUGCCACCAAGGGGGUGCUGCGGAUCCAUCUGCUGGAAGCCAAGAACCUGGUGGCCAAAGACAAGGUGAUGGGCUUGGGGAAAGGGAAGAGUGACCCAUAUGUCAAGAUCUAUAUCGGGGACACAACCUUCAAGAGUCAUGUGAUCAAGGAGAACCUCAACCCCACAUGGAAUGAGAUGUAUGAGCUGGUUCUGAAAGGGAACAUGGACCUCAAUUUGAAGUUUGAGGUCUUUGAUAAGGACUUGGAUUCGGAUGACUUCCUUGGAAGGUUUCAACUCCGAUUGAAAGACAUCAUCCAGUCCCAGUUUACAGAUCAGUGGUACACUCUAAAUGACAUCAAAACCGGCCAGGUCCACCUGCUGCUGGAGUGGCUGCCUACUGCAUCAAAUGCAGAUGAGCUGAACCAGGUGCUGCAGCUGCGCUCUCUCUACUCCUACCAGAACAAGGCCGUGCCCUCGGCAGCCCUGCUCUUUGUGUUCCUGGAGAGGGCCCAUUCCCUGCCUUUGAAGAAGAGUGGGAAGGAGCCAAAGCCUGCCGCUGAGCUUGUUCUGGGUGGAACGUCCUUCAAAACAAAGGUGUUGGAUCGAUCCACCUCACCUCAGUGGGAUGAGUCAUUUUACUUCCUGCUUCAUGACCCCAAGGAGGACAUGCUGAUUAUAAAGCUCUCCAGUGCCUGGGAUCAGGCUCUGGGUUCUCUGGUGCUGCCUGUCAGAGAGCUGCUGUCGAAACCUCAGCUGGUUCUGGAUCAGUGGUUCAAGCUGGAUGGAGCCCUAGCUGACAGCCAGAUUCUGCUCAGGGCGGAACUCAAGGUCUUGGCGUCUAAACUGACCAACGCCCCGGUGGCAACGGGAGCUCUGCCCAGAGCUGCCCCUGGUGGGGACGCAGGGAGCUGCGGCCAAGUGAAGCUGUCCCUCUCUCACCGAGCCAAGGACAAGAAGCUCUGUGUCACUGUGCACGGCUGCAGGAAUCUGGUGGCUUCAUCCAAGGACAUCAUGGACACAUACAUUUCUCUCAUUCUUCUGCCUGAUAAGAGCAAGGCUACCAAGCGAAAGACAGGCGUUAAGAGGAGAGAUCUUAACCCAGAAUAUAAUGAAAGGUUUGAGUUUGAUCUCUCUCUGGAUGAAGCCAAACGUAGGACUCUGUGCAUCUCUGUGAAGAACAACGCUGCGUCCUUCAUGAGCCGAGACAAAGACGUUGUCGGGCAGGUGCAGAUUGAUGUGGUGCAGAUUGACCUACUUUCAGGCGUGACAGAAUGGUUUGACCUGGGGGAAGAACAGUGAGGAGAAACUUGGCUCCUUCAAAUCAACCCUGCGCCAGACUUCUGUGUGUACAAUCAGGGCACCUUAUAUCAUCACCGCCUUCCUCUGUUCCAUAUUCACCACCUCACACCUGUGUGUGUGUGUGUGUGGGGGGGGGGGGGGGUACUCUCUCAUAUACAGGGCUUACUGUUAUGAGGCACAUUGGUAGAAUUCAGGCAUGGGCCUCUGCGUCUAAGAUUUGAAAACAGAUCACUAUAUCGGCUGAGACCAUUUCCUUGCUUAAAGCCCUGCAUAUAUCAAAGUCUAGCUAAGGAAUAAGACAUGCUGAUGGAUGGAGGUUGCAGGUGGUUGUAAAAAGCUGUUGUCCGUUUCGGUCAUGUAUUAAUAUGGAGGUUAGUUACAAUUAUGUCACGCUGUUCCGAGUGUUAUGAGAUAUAUUGAUGAGAGUGAAAUGGAUGACUUUGGAAGUUAUAGCAAAGUAACACUGCUACUUAUGAAGGUUGUAUAGACUUCAGAAUGUUACAUAUUUUAAUUGAAGAAUAUCACAAGAACAUGUUGAAUGGAGAGGUGUAGUAGGUAAACUGUUACAAGUGUUAGUUUUAUGGUUUUGAAAUGUGUUCAUAUUUUAACAAAAUUGUGUACUUAUUGGUGAAGUAUGAAGUAUUUUUCAGGUUCAAAGAAAAUGAUUGCAGUGCAUCAAGCUUAUCGUAAGAAUUGAGAAACUGUUGGUAUACUGUAUCAUGGGCCAUUGGUCUAGUCCACAUGAGAGGUGUGAUUUAUCAUAUCUAUUGCUAAUCAGCAAAUCUAUUGUUUCAACGACACCAGUAUUUUAGCGUAAUACUGCAUAAAACACUUUUGGCUGCAGUUUUUAAGUAGCGAUAUAGUAGUGAUAUGCAAUACAUAUUAAAUGUUAUAGAUCUGCUAUCUGCCUUAAUUGUAAACAUAUUCACCACAAAUCUGCCAAAGGUAUUAGUUUACACUGCAAGUUGUCUUGACUAGUAUUGUCUUCUGAAAGCUACUUACAGUAUGGUGGCGUCUGUGGCUCUAGUAUCUUUAGCUACUGUAUCAGGUAUAUGCCAUUAUUUGGCAUAAUUACUGCAAACUGCAAGUAAAACAUCACUACCGUACCGUGGCUAGGUGGCUGAAGUCUACUCUCUCAUAGGUUUUAUAUGACCCAUUUUUAGUCAAAUGCCUCAAGUGCUUCAGUUGCCAAAAAAGGUUUUAAUAUAUUUUUACUUAGCUACACGUACAGACCAAAAUGAAGUGCGUCUCACCCUUGGCGCAUAAUAAUAUCAGGUACAUCUGUCAAUGGCCAACCACUGUUAGUAUCUAAGUAAGUUCCCUUUAGCAAAGGGAAUGGACCAAGAUUUUACAUCCAUAUUAAGAGAUUAAAGAAAAUUGACAAACUGCAUGAUUUAGAAUUGAAAUGUUACAACCAGAAGCACUAUUUUCCAUACUUUGCACUGUAUUGUUAUAUUUUCUUAGUAUUUUGUUAUUUUUUUAUUUUAUAUUUUUGUUUAUUCAAUUUUUUAUAUACUUUUUGACGCAAACAGAAAACUCAUCUUUGUUGCUGCUUUUCAAGGUCAAUUUGCAAUGUGCAGUGUUUGCCUAAAUAGAUUCACCGUUUUGCCUUUA